UUUUUCUACUGGCUGACCGUGCACUAGCCUGGCAACGCUGUAGCAUGAACGUACGUCGCUUCUUUCUUCUUAGCUUAUAGGUGGCUUGUAAAGGUUUUUGCAGGGAAUUUUGUUUAAAAAUUAAAAUGUGCGAGCCAAGUGACUUAGACAGACAAAUUGAACAGCUAAAAAGGUGCGAGAUAAUAAAAGAAAGCGAAGUGAAGGCUUUAUGUGCGAAAGCAAGGGAAAUUUUGGUGGAAGAAAGCAAUGUGCAGAGAGUGGACUCACCUGUAACGGUCUGCGGUGAUAUCCACGGUCAAUUCUAUGACCUAAAAGAGCUUUUUAAAGUUGGUGGUGAUGUCCCUGAAACAAAUUACCUAUUCAUGGGCGAUUUUGUUGACAGGGGUUUCUACAGUGUUGAGACUUUCCUGUUAUUACUAGCCCUUAAAGUUAGAUAUCCAGACCGCAUAACCUUAAUCAGGGGCAACCACGAGUCAAGGCAGAUUACACAGGUUUACGGUUUUUAUGAUGAGUGUUUGCGUAAAUAUGGUUCGAUUACAGUUUGGAGAUAUUGCACGGAGAUUUUUGAUUAUUUGUCCCUUUCUGCUAUUAUUGAUGGUAAAAUAUUUUGUGUGCACGGUGGGUUAUCUCCAUCUAUACAAACAUUAGAUCAAAUUAGGGUUAUUGAUAGGAAACAGGAAGUGCCUCAUGACGGCCCAAUGUGUGAUUUACUGUGGAGUGACCCUGAAGAUACUCAGGGUUGGGGUGUAUCCCCCAGGGGGGCCGGUUAUUUGUUCGGAUCGGACGUGGUGGCCCAAUUUAAUACUGCAAACGAUAUCGAUAUGAUAUGCAGGGCGCAUCAAUUGGUGAUGGAAGGCUACAAAUGGCACUUUAACGAAACAGUGUUGACUGUCUGGUCGGCGCCGAAUUAUUGCUAUAGAUGUGGCAACGUGGCCGCCAUUUUGGAACUAAACGAGCACCUGCAAAGGGAUUUCACAAUAUUCGAGGCGGCGCCGCAAGAAUCGCGGGGCAUCCCCUCCAAAAAACCGCAAGCCGACUACUUCCUUUAGUUAUCGCGCGCAAUUUUUAAAUUUAGUUUGUAAAAAAAGUUUCCUACCCCACUUUUUUUCCUCGCGUAUUUUAUUAUCCUCAUCCUCAUCAAUUGGAAUCAAAACAAACAUAACAUUCGAUCUUUGCGGAAAAACUUAUAUUUGUCGGGUUUUAUGACACAUUUUUUAAGGUUUCAGUUUUAAAGAAAAAAUAUUUUAAGCGAAUUGCCAUUGAAUAUAUUCGUUUUGUUUUUUUACUAAUUUAAAAAAAUUAUAGGACAACAUUUCUUACUCAGUAUUGUGCUUUUUAUUGUUAUCAAUAAAUUGUGGAAAAACAAAAUAAAAAUAUAGUUUUUUAUAAUUUUUUAAAACCCCGAAAAUUUUAAAUUAUUUGAAAAAAUGUGUCAUAAAAUCCUUUGUAGGGUUUUCACUAAUUGACCUAAACAGUUAAUUAUGGAAAACACUAUACUUCAUAUAUUUGGCGACUGAUACUCAUGUAAUGAUUAAAUACAGUGAGCGACAAAAAAUUGGAACCCCAAAAACUUGCUUUGUCGCCUACUGGAUCUAGUGUUAAGACCUAUCUAGUUUUAAGCCCCAAUUUGACGUUUGUAGGUCAAAUUAUGUUUAAUUUUUUUGUUGUUGUUCCGACAAUAGAUUAGGUUUAUUGAAUUGUACCUACGUUACUUUUAUCAAAUUAAAUGUAUUUUGUCAUUAGGUGUACUUAAUUUUGAAUCUGCAUAUACAUAAUUUCGUGCACCCCUUCCCUUUUACCAUUUUGUACAGAUUAUUUAAAAUAAAUAUCUAUAAAACUGCCAAUUUAAAAGUUUU